UUCGGAUAAACGCCACGUCGCGCUCUCCGGCGGAUAAUAGAACUUGUUCGUUCGUUCCCCAAAACCUCCAAAGCCUUUCACCCAGUAAUCUUUACUAUUAUCUGAAACUGCAUCCAUUACCACACUCUAAAUUCUGAUGAGCUUAGCUGUUCCUUUCUCUCUCUAGAAAUGGACGGUUUCUCUCUCUCCCUCACCACCAACACCACCCCUUUCUUUCUCACUCGCACUCGUCUUCUUCCUUCAUUUUCUUCCACAACCCAAAAUUUCCCUCCGAGGCACAAGAAAUGGGUUGUUUUCGGUUCCAGGGAGGAGCCAAAGCUCGACCCUUUGGACCAAAUGGAGCUCAAGUUCGGUCGCUUGAUCGGCGAGGACCCCAAACUUACGAUUGCCAAGAUUUUGGGAAGAAAAGCAAACCCAGAAGCUAGUUAUAUGGAUAUUGAGAAAAGUUUUUACAAGAACAAGGGUAAAAUUGUAGAGAUAAAGGAAGUACCUUUUGAUGGGGCCAAGGAAGUUCAAACCAGCCAAGAAAAGGAGGUACCUUUAGAUGGGCCUAAGGAAGUUCAGUCAUCUAGGUCAUUGGAUGGUGUGAACUUGGUCCGACCGGUGCCAAAGAAAGGAGUUAAAUUUGAAGUGGAUGAUAAGCCAAGAGUGUCGCUGAAUAAGAACCUGAGACGCCCAGUUUCCAAGCCCGUGGAACCUACUAAACGUAGUGUUCCUAAUGUUAUUUUGAGAAAGCCGACUUUGUUUAAUGAGGAUGACGUUGAAGAUAUGCCUUCAAGGUUGCAAAUUAAACCGAAUUUGUCCUUGAAGAUGAGGAUUAAGCAACCAAAGGAGAAGUUUAGUGAUAUGACAUUGUUGAGAAAACCGCAACCAGUGAGUGUUGAUGAAAGUAGCGAAAAUAAACAAGAGCAAUCUAGUGAUGCGGAUAAGAAUGUCAUUGGUGACGCAGAAAUGGAGAAGUGGAGAGAAGAAAAUGAUAAAGUUAGUGGUUUUACUUUAUUAGAAAAACCCAAAGCAACUGGCGUCAUAACAAAGAGUGAAGAUGAUAAUGAGCAACCUGAGAAUGGCGAAUCUAGUAUCGUUGAUACUGUUGAAGAUAAUGAUAGCUCCAAGGAUUUGUCUGAAUUUACUGCAACUAGCACAACAAGAAACAGUCUUGAAGAAUCCAAAGAUGGUCCUGGUCAAAAGGAUGACACCCUUAUAGGAUUGCAGCCAUAUGAGCAGAGCACUAUGGAGUCCAGUGAGGAGGUAUCUGGUUCGAGUGAACUGUCUGAUACAAGCUUACCUGUUUCUAAUGUUGACUUGACGAUGGACACUGCAUUACAAGGAAAACCGAAAAGAUUAAACAAACCUGUUAACGAUGAAGAGAGCAUUUUUGUUGGCUCUGAAAAUAUGCGAGAAUCACUAAUUGAGGGUCAUGAAGAUGCUGAUUGGGUUAUGGCUGAAAAUAUGGUUAAAAAAGGAGACAGGGGAGAUGUAGAACUGAUAAGUGCUAGCACCAGGGGUUUUGUUGUAUCUUUCCGCUCUUUAAUUGGAUUUCUGCCAUACCGUAAUCUUUCUUCCAAGUGGAAGUUCUUAGCUUUUGAGUCAUGGUUGAGACAGAAGGGCUUAGACCCGUCAUUGUACAGGCGAAAUCUAGGAAUUAUUGGAAGUUACGAUAUGGUGGAAUCAAAUACUCUUCCUAAUCCAAGCCUAGAAGAUCCUGAUACAGAUACAAAAAGUGAGGAAGUAGUUUCGCCAGAUAUGAAAUUGGAAGACCUUCUUACGAUUUAUGACCAAGAGAAAAUCAAAUUCUUAUCAUCAUUUGUUGGCCAGAAAAUCAGAGUACAGGUGGUGUUGGCCAACAGAAAGUUUGGGAAGCUGGUAUUUUCAGUGAGGCCAAAAGAGAAGGAAGAGUCGGUUGAGAGAAAAAGAAGUCUCAUGGCAAAACUUCAAGUUGGAGAUGUCGUGAAAUGCUGCAUCAAGAAAAUUACUUAUUUUGGUGUUUUUGUUGAGGUUGAGGGAGUGCCUGCAUUAAUCCAUCAGACAGAAAUAUCUUGGGACGCUACUGUGGAUCCCUCUUCUUACUUCAAAGUUGGCCAGAUUAUGGAGGCAAAAGUUUACCAACUGGAUUUUGCACUUGAACGUAUCUUCUUGUCAUUAAAGGAGAUAUUGCCAGAUCCAUUGAUGGAAACCUUGGAGUCUGUGGUUGGUGAUCGUGAUAGUUUAGAUGGGAGAUUAGAAGCAGCACAAGCAGAUACUGAGUGGGCUGCUGUCGACUGUCUUAUCAAAGAGCUGCAACAAACCGAACGAAUCCAGUCUGUCUCAAAAGGUCGCUAUUUCUUGAGCCCAGGGUUAGCUCCAACAUUUCAGGUUUAUAUGGCAUCCAUGUUUGAGAAUCAGUACAAGUUACUUGCUCGAUCGGAAAAUAAAGUACAAGAGGUAAUAGUUCAAACUUCACUGGACAAAGAAGAGAUGAAAUCUGUGAUUCUAACAUGUACAAGCAGGGUAGGCUAGUUCUGUUCUUAUCCGAGUUGUAAGUGCUGCGAGUGCAGUUUCGUUCUUGAUAGGCAUCAUUUGGAAUUUUGUAAAGGUAGAAAAGGAAAUUGUUUCCAUGGCGGGGAGGAUUGAAAUUGUUUCUUCAUUUUGUAGAGAUGGGGAUCUGUAAAUCCUCCAAGCUAUAAUUUAGAGUUAUUAGUUUAUGAAUGCAGAAAGCUCCUUUUCCUUUC